AUGAAGAGAGCCACUGUCAAGCCCUGUCCCUACUGUCUCGAAGCUACUUUUGACAAGCAAACGCAUUGGAAACGUUGCCAUGUUAUCACGCUCUGCUGCUUUAUCGAAGCCUACUCGUGUCGCCAUGACCCCGGCUCCGGCGAGUCCAACUCUAUUGCAGGGCAACCUGUCGCAGAGUGCCCAGGAGCAGGAAUCAGCAAUGUUUCGUCAUCUGGUGUCCUGCUGUCAUCCUCCGACAACGGACCCCAAUUCUGGGCAACCACCGUCGACCAAGAGGCCUCGGCAAGAUCAGAUGCGGCAGGGGGCAGAGGACACGCAAAUGCCCACACCACGGACUUCCAGCCGAACCGGGGCAAGGGACACCCCAAGGGCAAAGGCAAGAACAAGGGCAAGGGCAAGAACAAAGGCAAGGGCCAGCCUCCAAGCAGACAGACCUACUGGGGUUCUUCAGGAGAGGUCAGCGGGUUCCAGCAGGACUGGGAUGCCCAGCAUUGGAGCCAAAUGCAGGGGGCGGCUCCCUCCUCCCAGCCUCCCGUUCUGGGGCAGAUGGCGAGGCUUCUCUUGAGGCACGAGCGCCAGCUUCAGGCGCUUCAGCAGGACACGAAGUUGUUCUUCUUCUUUCGCCCAGAUCCUCCGGGGUCGGUGCUGCCGUUCAUGACCAAGGUGGCACAGCACUGGCGGGAACUCGUCGAUCAGGGCAAAGUUCAGUCCUCUCUAAGGGAGACGAUGCUUCGCGAACUGAUCCAGGAACUUCGGGGCCGGAUCAAGGGAUUCUGUUCCCCGGCCAUGAGUGCGAUGAGAGACAAGGCGACCGAGAUGGGAUGGGUAGACUCACAGGGCAGCUGGAACUACAUGCAGUGGGACCCCACUGCUCAGAAGGAGGUCCUUGUGGAGAAGACGGAAAGCCGUACUGUGGACUCUAUUCUGCAGGAUCUGCAGGCGAUAGAGAAUCUUAUCAACGGGACCACCAUUCGCCACUUUGGCAGCCUGCGCCCAAUGAGCCGCAAUUAUCAGACCCAGUGGGUACAAUUUGCUCUGGAGAUCGAGUUGAGGCAGGACGGCGAUACCCUGUGGAAACUCUUCAACUCCCUGAUCAACUGUGCCGUUCUUCAUCUCAUCGGAGCCAGACUUCGCCGGGACCGUCCGGUUCGUCUCGCUAAUCCCACGUGCAAGACAUGCUACAUGAACAGUGUCCUACUUGCAUUGCUCUUUGUGCACCACCGCAUGGGUGCCAGCUGUGAGGCUGAUCUGGGGCAGUUACGCCAUGCACACGGGGCACUAUGCGCGCAGUCGGCGCCCCUUGAUAUCAGCAAGCUACUUACCUGGGUUAUGCUUAUCAGUCCCUGGUCCAUGCCCUAUCGGCAGCAUGAUGCUGCAGAGUUCGUCCAGCAUAUCAUGCCAAGGUUACGAUCGCCACUGCUCAAAGGUGCAUGGCAAGCCAGGCAGAUUGCACUUGAUGUUUGUCGGGAGGUCGACUCUGCUCCCUCCUCCUCUCCUGUGCUUCUUCCCUUGUCAGGGGCUGCAAGCCUGCAGUUUUACAUUGACAAGUCCUACCUCUUCACUUUCGAGCGCUUGAUGGAGACACAUCGACGUUACAAGCCUACUUGUCGCCUACUUGCGCAGACGGAUGUGAAAAUGGCCCUGGCGCAAGGCUGCAACCUGCUUCUGUCGCCGCGGAUGUACAUUCUCUACUCUGGCCCGCACAUGCUAUCGCCCCGGGGCCGAUGUUUCACCUUCGACGGCACUGCCGAUGGCUACGCUCGUGGUGAGGGCUGCGGUUCCCUCACGCUGAAGAUGAGCCCGGACUCAGAGGAGGCUCAGCUCUGCCUGGCCAUGCUUAUCGGCUCCGCUGUCAACCAGGAUGGGCGAAGUGCAAGCAUGACGGCGCCCAACGGGCCGUCACAGCAGCAGUGCAUAAGAACCUCGAUGCUGGAGUCGAAGCUUUCGGCCUCGGAGAUCAACGUGGCCGAGUGCCACGGCACGGGCACAGCUCUGGGAGACCCCAUCGAGGUCAGUGCUCUGCGGAUGGUCAUGCAGGAUCGGCCCCUUCCCAUCCUCAACACGUCAGCGAAGACGAACCUUGGGCACCUCGAGGCCUCGGCUGGGAUGGCAGGCGUCCUGAAGUGCAUCAAUCUGCUGAACAGCAGCACUUGCCCGCCUAACAACCACUUCAGGAAUCUGAACCCUCACAUGGACACCAACGGCUACCCAGUUUACUUUGCCAAUGAGCUCUCCGACUACGGCUCCAAGUCCGGCAUUUCCGGCGUCUCCUCCUUCGGCUUCGGCGGCACCAAUGCGCGGGGCGAUCUCUGGGGACGGGCCGUAAGGGGCAGUCGGACCACCGAGCUCCUCGACACGGGCGAGUGGGUGGUGCGCCGACAGCUCUUCUACGACCGUGUCUUCCACUACGGCAAUCCAGGACCCCACUCCAGCGAUCAGAUCUACAUCGCCGGCUCGUGGGAUGCUUUCACAGGCAUGAGGGAGAUGGAGAAAGAGAUCCUCGGGGAGUAUUCCACGGUGGUCCAGCUGGGUGAGACAGGCCGCGAGCACUUCCGACUGCUGGUGAAUCAGGACCCGAACCAGAUCCUGCACCCUGGCAAAGCUUUGGCGGGCCACCGGCAUCCUGCGGUGGGGCCGGACCAGAGGGGCAAGGCUGCAAGCUGGCUGAUCGACGGCAAGAAAGAUGGCGCUGGUGCUGGCGCCAUGUACUUGGUCAAGCUGCAGUGGGGCUUCACCUGGGAGCGCGGGGAAUACAGGGUGGUGACAUGGGAGAUGGUCAGUACUUCCCCUGCGCGGCUCCUCAAGGGCAUCGUCACCGACUUCAACCACCAUUAUGCCGUGGUGGGCUCCUGGAGUUCUUGGAAGUUCCAGGAUAUGGUUCGGAGCACCGAGGAUCCUAGUCUAUGGAUCAGUAACGUCCGCCUGGGGCUUUCGGGCGAGGAGGAGUUCCAGUUUGUUCGCGAUCGCGACUGGUGCCAGGUGAUCCACCCCGGCCAGCACCGCGUCACCGACACGCAGGUGACGGUGUGCGGGCCGGAUGAUCUCAACCAUGGUAAGAAUUGGCUGGUGGAAGGGAAGUGCAACGACGUUGUGAUCUUGCAGCUGCGGGUGCGCGACGGUGACAUCCAGGUGCUGCUUCGUUUAGCCUCUCCGGUGUUCAACCGCAUGCUUGAGAGUGGCAUGAAGGAGGCACAGCUAAGCACCAUCAAGGUGGACGUGGCAGUGGCGACCAAGCAAGACUUCGAGAGUUUCUAUGCCUUACUCGGACCUGGUGCGUUUAGCCUCGACAAGUUGACGAAGGACAAGAUUGAUGGGCUACUUUCCAUCAGUGACUACUACCAAGUGGACUUCGUGAAAGAAGCCUGCAUAAAGAAGAUCGCGGAACUUCCGGUCACGGCCCAGCGCUUCAUGCAAGCAGACAAGCAUGGCCUUAAGAGGCAACGUGAAAGAUGCCUUCAUGAACUGGCCAGGGUGGGCGACGAAAGGGAGUUGGUGAUGCUCCACUCGGCCAACGCAGAUCUCCUGCUGGAAGUGACGCUGAAGAAGCGCAAACUUUUCGAGAAGUACGACCACAAAGUUCAGCCGUUUUGGUAUUAG